AUGAGUUUUAAUCAGCAAUCACCGAACUUUUCGUCUUCUUCAGGUAUGAAUGCUAAUACGCCACAACAGCAGCAACAGCAACGUGGUGGGAAUUUACCUGCAUUGACACCACAAAUGUUACAAUCAUUGACACCCCAGCAAUUCCAACUAUUCAGGUCCAAUCCUCAAUUUCAAGAAGUAAUGAACCAGUAUAUGCAAAAGCAACAGCUUUUACAACAACAACAACAGCAGCAGCAGCAGCAACAACAACAGGGACUGCCACAUUUAAUGAACGGAAUUCCAAAUCAGCCACAAGCAAACCCACAAUUCCGACAACAAGUAGUAGCAAACCAAAUGCCUCCCAACAUGGUAAAUGUCCCAGGCUCUCAAACAAUAAUAAAUCAACCCAUUCAUGGAGCGAAUAUUCCAAUAAAUAAGGUACCAUCCCGUAGAAUGUCUUCAAUUCCUGGAAUUCCUGGUGGCCAAAAUCCACCUGUGGGUGUCCCUGGAGGGGCAGGACCACUAUUAGCAGGUGUACCCGGUGCUACUCCUUUAGUACCAGGACAAGGGCCGGCGUGUUCUGUGGGAGGUGUAUUGGCUACAGGGGUACCCAAUCCUGGGGGCGUUCCAUCAACUGGGACUUUGAAUGGGGCUCAUGGAAAUGCAGGACUCAAUACAAAUUUACCUCCUGGAGUCACACCUGAAAUAUUGAACAAAGUUCCUAUGAAACCAAUGCAAAACGUUAAGGAGUGGUCAGAAAAAUUGAAACAGGAAGGUAAAGAUGUACCUCUUGAUUUGAAAGUGUAUGAAGAUUUGAUUAGAAAGGAUAAGGAAUUUGUGGGUAAAUUGAAUAAACAGUUGCAUGACAACAAAUUUAUUAUGGAAAAUAUUAACAGAGAUAUCAAGUCUUAUAAUCAAAUCAAACAAUUGAGGAUGAAUUCUAUUGCGUUGUCCAACAAAGGACAGUAUAAUAACAGUAUUUGGGGGGAAGGAUAUCAAGGUUAUGGCAAUGGAAUAACAAACUCCAGUACAAAGUUAUUUAUUCCCAACAGGGAUUUAACUGAUAGAAUCAUCAAUGAAAGAGUGAUGAAAAACAAAAAUAAACCAAAACAUUAUGUACCCAUUCGAUUAGAGUUUGACCAAGAAAGGGAUCAAUUUAAAUUGAGAGACACAUUUCUUUGGGAUUUGAAUGAAGAGAUUAUAAAAGUGGAAGAUUUCACUGCUCAAUUGUUAGAGGAUUAUAAAUUUAUCUCCAAAGUUCAUUAUGAAACAAUUUUGUCAUCUAUUAAAGAGCAGAUUGCUGACUAUCUGCAGAAACCUAGCAAAACAAUGGGUGAAUUGAGAAUUCCAAUUAAGAUCGAUAUCACCAUUAACAAUACACAAUUAACUGACCAAUUUGAAUGGGAUAUAUUGAAUAGCCAGGAAGGCGAUGCAGAAGAAUUUUCAUCUUACAUGUGCGACGAAUUGUGUCUACCGGGAGAGUUUUGCACUGCCAUCGCGCAUAGCAUAAGAGAACAAUCGCAGAUGUACUAUAAAGCAUUGAAUAUGGUAGGGUACGGUUUCGACGGUUCACCAGUACACGAAGAUGAGAUUAGAAAUCAUUUAUUGCCACCUUUAAGAUUAGUAUCAUCGGACUCUGGAAUCGUGGAUGAUUUUUUCUCAAUUUUAAGAAACCCAUCAAGUUUGCCAGACUUUUCACCUACGUUAGGUAAAUUGUCCCAAUUGGAAGUUGAAAGAUUGGACAAGGAAAUGGAGAGAGAAAGCAGAAGGAAAAGAAGACACAAUUACAAUGAAGAUCAGCAACAGGGUUCUGGUCGAGGCUUUACUUCGAGAAGAAUUGCAGCUCAUGCUGGUAGGGGAAACACCAUUCCCGACUUGUCAGACAUACCCAAGACAUUUAGGACGCCUGCCCCCUCAUCCAUAUUGCCAGGUGCUGUUGAUAUGGGUGUACCUGAGGUGUAUGAAUAUAAUGAAGUUUUAAUCAAUAGAACUCAAGUUAGGAAUCCAGAUUAUAGACCGCCAACACCUAUUCGUGUUGAAAAUGAACUAGUGGAUUAUAACCAUGAUCCAAUUGAAGGUACUUUUAUGGUUACCAUCAAAUUACCCGUAUAA